AUGCAGAACUCAUCGGAGGAGGGAGCAGAGCAGCCGAACCGGCACUCUCUGCACUCGAUCGAGGAGUUGGAUACAAAUGAGGCAGCCUCUGUCGCCUCCUCUGGAAGUGACACACCCGGAGCAUCGCCCCUCCGCCGAAUAGACAGCCACACGCUCAUCGACGACACUGGCAGAGCCGAGCUCCACCGCAUCGCCACAGCCCUCUCCCACCGGCGAUUUAGCAUCAGGUCAGUCGAGCACCCCGCGCCGGACGAUUAUAAGGAAAUCUGGCUAGGCGAUGAAGCCGCCCUGAAGCCAGAGAACCCUGAAUUUGAUCUAGGGAAAUGGCUGCGAACUUUCGUGAAGCGCAUGACCGCCGAGGGCGUCAGUCCUGCGCGGACCGGCGUGGCUUACAGAAACCUCACGGUUUCUGGUACGUGUGACUCGUUGCUGCACCAGCAGACGGUUGCAUCGUAUUUCCUUGCGCCGUUCAGACCGGGCGAGUUUCUCUCAAUCAACAAGAAGCCCAAGAAGAUUCUGAAUAGCUUCGACGGCCUUCUCGAGAGUGGGGAACUUCUUGUCGUGUUAGGUCGUCCGGGGUCGGGGUGCAGUACCUUCCUAAAGACGAUAUGCGGAGAGCUACACGGCUUGCAGAUGGAUAAGAAUUCCACCAUCCACUACAGGGGCGUGUCACAAAAGCAGAUGGUGAAAGAAUUCAAGGGAGAAGUUGUCUACAACCAAGAGGUCGAUCACCACUUCCCUCACCUUACCGUCGGCCAGACUCUCGAGUUCGCGGCGGCGGCGCGCAUGCCCUCUAACCGAAUCGAAGGUGUCUCCCGCGAGACUGCAGUCAAGUAUGUGGCCAAGAUCGUCAUGGCUGUCUGUGGCCUAAGCCACACCUACGACACUAAAGUCGGAAACGACUUUAUCCACGGUGUCUCUGGAGGCGAAAGAAAGCGUGUAAGCAUCGCAGAAAUGAUGGUCACAUCGGCACCUUUGCUCGCUUGGGACAACAGUACGCGAGGUCUUGAUUCUGCCACGGCUCUGAAGUUUGUCCAGACCCUCCGGCUAUCUUCGGAUAUCACUGCAAAGGCGAACGCCGUCGCUAUAUACCAGGCCAGUCAAGCCAUUUACGAUCUAUUCGACAAGGCCGUCGUUCUUUACGAAGGCCGCACCAUCUACUUUGGUCCUGCUCAAGACGCCAAGGCCUUCUUCGAGAAGCAGGGAUGGCAUUGCCCUCAGCGCCAGACGACUGGUGACUUCCUCACUUCCCUAACUAACCCCCAGGAACGCAUCCCGCGUGAGGGCAUGGAGAAUAAGGUUCCCAGGACGUCUGAAGACUUUGAGCGUUACUGGAGGGAAUCGCCCGAGUACAAGGCCCUACUAGAAAAUAUUGACUUGUUCGAAAAGGCCUACCCUCAGGAAAGGGGCAGCGAAGCCCUCGCCCAAUUGAGAGAGAACAAGGAGCAAAGACAGGCCAAGCACGUCCGGCCAAAGUCACCCUACAUCAUUAGCAACCUCAUGCAGAUCAAGCUCAAUACGAAGCGUGCAUAUCAGCGACUAUGGGGCGACAAACAAGCCACGCUUACCCAAGCAAUAGUCCAUCUUAUUAUGGCCCUCAUCAUCGGUUCCGUCUUCUUUGGUACUCCCGACGCCACAGUCAGUUUCUUCGCGAGAGGCUCUGUCCUUUUCAUGGCAGUCUUGCUCAAUGCGCUCAGCGCCAUUGUCGAAAUCAGCAGUCUGUACAACCAACGCCCUAUUGUCGAAAAACAGGCCUCGUACGCCUUCUACCACCCGGCGACAGAGGCCUUGGCGGGUAUCGUUGCCGAUAUCCCCGUCAAAUUUACCAUCGCCGUGUUUUAUAACAUCGUCCUUUACUUCAUGGCUGAGCUGCGCCGUGAACCUGGCCCGUUCUUCCUGUAUUUCCUCGUCUCGUACGUAGCCACUUUCGUCAUGUCUGCUAUUUUCCGCACCAUGGCCGCCGUGACGAAAACGGUGUCCCAAGCCAUGUCGCUGGCAGGUAUUGUCGUCCUUGCUCUCGUCAUUUACACGGGUUUCGUCAUUGCCACGCCACAAAUGCACCCUUGGUUCGGUUGGAUUCGUUGGAUCAACCCGUUGUACUACACAUUCGAAAUUCUGAUCGCCAACGAAUUCCACGGUCGACAGUUUACUUGCUCAAGCAUCAUCCCCGCAUACUCCCCACCAGUUGGCACUUCUUGGAUCUGUAAUGCCAUUGGAGCUGUGGCCGGUGAACAGACCGUGAGCGGUGACGCCUUCAUCGAGGAAAACUACAGAUACUACUACUCGCAUGUCUGGCGGAACUUUGGCAUUCUAAUGGGAUUCCUUGUCUUCUUCAUGGCCAUUUAUUGCAUCGCGACCGAGCUCAACUCUUCGGCUUCUGCGACAGCCGACGUCCUAGUCUUCCAACGAGGAAAGGUACCACCGCAUCUGAAUCCCAAGACCGGCGCAACGGACAAAGAUUUAACGGCAGCUAAAGCUGAGAGGAUAGACGGUGACGGUGCUGCUUCCAUCAUCGAGACUCUCGAGCCUCAGAAGGAUAUAUUUACCUGGAGAAAUGUGAGCUACGAUGUCGACGUCAAAGGUGGUACCCGGAGGCUACUCAACGAUGUGGUUGGCUGGGUAAAGCCUGGGACUCUCACGGCGCUCAUGGGCGUGAGCGGUGCUGGAAAGACGACCCUUCUUGAUGUCUUGGCGCAGAGGACGAGCAUGGGUGUGGUACAUGGUGAUAUGUUUGUGAACGGAAAGCCUCUGGAUGCUAGUUUUCAACGCAAGACUGGUUAUGUCCAGCAGCAAGAUCUUCACCUGGAGACAGCAACAGUUCGAGAAAGUCUGCGCUUCAGCGCCAUGCUUCGCCAGCCCAACACUGUUAGCAAGGCAGAAAAGUACAAGUACGUUGAAGAGGUCAUCGACAUGCUCAACAUGAGCGAUUUCGCGGAUGCGGUCGUAGGUAUCCCCGGAGAGGGCCUCAACGUCGAACAGCGCAAACUCCUCACCAUCGGUGUCGAACUAGCCGCCAAGCCAAAGUUGCUCCUCUUCCUGGAUGAGCCGACGAGUGGCUUAGAUUCCCAGAGUUCGUGGGCAAUCUGCGUCCUACUACGCAAGCUUGCCAACGCCGGACAGGCUGUUCUUUGCACAGUGCAUCAGCCGAGCGCCAUCCUCUUCCAACAGUUCGACAGGCUACUGUUCCUGGCUCAAGGCGGUAAGACAGUCUACUUUGGAGACAUUGGAGAAAAUUCCCGGACCCUUCUGGAUUACUUUGAGAGCAAUGGAGCUCGCAAGUGCAGUGACACGGAGAACCCAGCUGAGUACAUGCUCGAGGUCGUCAAUCGCGGCAUGAACGAAAAGGGCUUGGAAUGGGACAAGGUCUGGAACUCGAGCCCUGAACGCCAGGCCGUCGAUGUCGAGAUCGACAAGAUCCACGAAGAGAGGAAGAACGUCCCCAUCUCCGAGGAGGAUGGGCAUCGCGGACAGUCCGAGUUUGCGGUGCCUUUCAGAAAUCAACUGUGGGCUGUGACACAGAGGGUUUUCCAGCAAUAUUGGAGGAUGCCGAAUUACAUCUUUGCCAAGUUCCUUCUUGGUCUCUGCGCGGGGCUAUUCAUCGGAUUCUCGUUCUUCCAGCCCAAGGGGACACUUGCCGGGAUGCAAAAUGUUAUUUUCGCCGUCUUCCAGGUCAUUACAAUCUUUUCCAUUGUCGUCCAACAGAUCCAACCCCUUUUCGUCACCCAGCGUUCCCUCUACGAAGUCCGCGAACGACCCAGCAAAGCCUACUCCUGGAAAGCCUUCAUAAUGGCCAACGUAAUCGUCGAGAUCCCCUACCAAAUCAUAACCGGCAUCAUCAUCUUCGGCUGCUUCUACUAUCCCGUCGCCGGAAUCCAAAGCUCCGAGCGCCAAGGCCUCGUCCUCCUCUUCUGCAUCCAGCUCUUCAUCUACGCCAGCUCCUUCGCGCAAAUGACCAUCGCCGCUGUGCACGACGCCCAGACGGCCGGCGGCUACGUCGUCCUCCUGGUCAUGAUGAGUCUCGUAUUCUGCGGCGUCCUGCAAACGCCCGACGCUCUACCGGGAUUCUGGAUCUUCAUGUAUCGCGUCUCGCCCUUCACGUACUGGACGUCGGGCAUGGUCUCCACGCAGCUCCACGAGCGCCUCGUAAAUUGUUCGCCGACCGAGACGUCGAUAUUUGAUCCGCCACAGGGCAUGACGUGCGGAGAGUACAUGGCGCCGUAUUUGCAGAAGGCACCGGGGCAGUUACAGAAUCCGAACGAUACGGCGAGUUGUCGGUAUUGUUCGUUGACGGUGGCGGAUCAGUAUUUGGCGGGGAGCAAGAUUUAUUGGACGGAUAGGUGGAGGAAUUUCGGGCUCGUGUGGGCGUAUGUGGUUUUUAAUAUCUUUAUUGCGGUGGUUACGUAUUAUCUGUUCCGAGUUAAGAAAUGGAGUCUUGGGAGCUUUAAGAGGGCGGCGAAGCCCAAUAAGGAGGGAAAGGAAAAGAAGGAGAAGAAAGAGAAGGAAGAGUCUAGUUAA